AUGGGGCCCACUGCUCUCACUGCUUGUAUUGUCGCCCGUUCUCAUUGGUUCACCAUGGUUGGCUUACAGGCGACAUCGCUAUCUGCCUGUAACUUUGACUGGGCUGUAAGUAUACUUUUGAGCCUGCCUCAUGUCUUGGGGGCGCGAAUCCUCAGCGUUGUGAAGCAUCUAUCAGAAGACAUUGGUUAUCAGACUGUAGGCACCUUGGAACAUGCCCUGGCGGACAAAUACAUGGUUGCGCAAGCGGAAGAGGUCAAGAAGAACUGUGAGAAACUAAUGGCGGAAAGUGGAAGGAAGCUGGAAUGUGAGGUGAGGUGUGGAGAUGGGAAGGAAGUGGGAGCCACAGAUUUGAUAUGA